UAAACCCCCAAUCUGCCUGCCUCCACCUCACUCAGUGCUAAGAUGGUAGGCAUAUACCACUAUAACCAAUGUUCUGUGUUUUGUUUGAGACAGUCUCACUAAGUAGCCCAGGCUGACCUCAAACUCAAUAUUCUCCUGCCUCAGACUCCUGAGUACUGGAAUUACAGAUGUGCACUACCCCUCCUGGCCUAGUUUUUCCAAGGUAAUUUUUGGUCCCAAUUUGCUGCCCAUAACCAGCCAUUCCUCAUCCUGCCGCUGGAGGCAAACUGACCUCUAUUCACAUGGAGACCAGUAGACUCCCAGAGGAUCCCCUCACCUAGUGACUCGAAGCAGUAAGUAUUAACAGCUUUUUGGUUUCUUGUCUCUUAGCCAAGCUGCCCACACCCUGUCACCUCCACUGAGUCCAGGGUAAUUGACCUGACCCUCAGACUACCCGAGGUCUCUUGCUGGAAGCUCCUGGAGAGCCAGCCCCCGCCCGCCCCCCAUCUCCUCCCAGCACUCUCCCUCUCUUCUCCAUUAUGGACAGAGAAUACACUGAGACGCCUCCGGCCUCACGCCCAGCUGAUAUGGGGACCAACGGGGCCAUGCGGCUCGGGUCAGCAAUCCUCGGUUUACUACUGCUCCAAGGCUACAGCUCUCAGCCUACGACAACUCAGACCUCUCAGGGGCUCUUCAGGAGUUCGAGCCCGCAGACAGUUUCUCUCAGCUCAGGAGACAAAUCUUCCUCAGAGCCUGGCAGCUCAAGGCUUCUCCUGAGCACCGCUACCCCAGAAAUUCUACAGAAGGCCUCUCAAGGCUCCUUGGGAUCCAGUCAGCCUGUAACGCCCAGGUCAAGCACCACGGAUCAUCACUCCCUUUCCUUGCCCGGCUUGAUGUCGUUCCAGCCACAGAAGCACACAUUGGGACUUAGCACAGGGACCCCAGACAGCAGCAGCAGCAGCAGCAGCAGCAGCAGCAGCAGCAGCAGCAGCAGCACUAUCAACGACACAAGAGAAGACUCCAGGCUUAGGCAGGAGGCGAGCAGAGAUGAGGAAACAGGACAACAAACAGAAGUGUCUCUGAAUGCUACUCCCAGUUCAGGGACCGCAAGUCUGCGGACCGGGGAAGAGGUGACCAUCGUGCCCAGCCCCACGUCAGAGUCGGUGCUAACCGUGGCAGCCUUUGGUGUUAUCAGCUUCAUUGUCAUCCUGGUGGUUGUGGUGAUCGUCCUCGUCAGUGUGGUCAGUCUAAGGUUCAAGUGUCGGAAGAACAAGGAGUCUGAAGAUCCACAGAAACCAGGGAGUUCAGGACUAUCUGAAAGCUGCUCCACGGCCAAUGGAGAGAAAGACAGCAUCACCCUCAUCUCCAUGAAGAACAUCAACAUGAAUAAUAGCAAAGGCCGCACCUCCGCAGAAAAGAUUCUUUAAAAGUGACCUUGAGUUGCCACGGGUCCAAGAGUGAUGCAGAUGCCCACUGACCAUGAGGAAGAAGAGAUGAGAUUGUUGAAGGCAACAGACCACAUAUAAAUUAUUUUGUUUGAUGUCUGCUCCCAACUCUAAAGGAUAUCGAAUUCCUCUAGAUCCAGAAGCAGCUUACCAUAUGAGAGACUGUGUCCCAUGUGGAAGCCACUCUAGACAUUUGGAUUGCUCUCCUUCCUCCUCAGAAACUAAGGAAUGAGGAGUCAAUAGAGCAAGAGCCAAGUAAUAAGGUAGACUGGUUCAUUCUACUCACAUUAAAAUUAUUUUUCUGGCCUGGAA